AACUGCCCUCAUGUUUGAUUAAUCUGCUGGAUGUUGACGCAGCGUUAGCCGGAAGGUGUGUGUCAGUGUUUGCACAUCACAGGCUGCCUCUGCGUCUACAGUCUGAGCCCCUCCCUCCAACUCUCAGCAUCACUGGCAGCAAACCGGCGAUGCUGUCAUAAAACCGGAGAAUAAAUUCCCGUUUAACGAUCCCGGAGAGGCUGUCAUAUUUCCUAAAUUGCUAUCACGGUGAGCUGCGUUCAUCUGUAACUACUGGGCUGUUACGCGGUAGUGGUUGCGACCUGCUUUGGAGAUUUGAUAACACCUGAUUGUUAUUGGCUGUCGGGGCUGGUUCUCCAAGGGCAUCAGUGAGCGACACGGUGCGGCAGCGAUGAGCACGUCUGACGGCUAAACGGAGCAAGUGGGAGGCAGCCUGUUUCUCCUAUAGCCGUUGAGUUUUGCAGAGUUAUCGGUCAUAUCUGGGUCCAGGUAAUCUGCUUUGGAGCCCCUUAGUUCACUGUCUGAAUGUGGGGUGUAGCGUGAUGAGUUGAUCGUUCUUAUCACUUGUAUAAACAUAGAUUGUGCGCUUGUUCUCGCUCUUCUGGGGAUGAUCGUGUAAGAAAAAAACAAAAACUGCUCACCGUAAAUGUUCAGUCUUCGCUUUAUACUCGGGCGAAUCGCAACAUUCAUUUAGUUUUCGGGAUUACAUACAAUGAUACCAGGAACUGCCGCAUCAAUGCUACCAUCUGCAGAAGCUGCGAAAUUAUACCAGACCAAUUACGUCCGCAACUCUCGUGUCAUUGGACUUCUGUGGGCCAUCUUCACUAUCCUGUUCGGUAUUGUUAAUGUGACCAUUUUCUCACAACCCUAUUGGAUCGGCGAUGGCGUGGAUACGCCACAGGCCGGCUACUUCGGCCUUUUCCACUAUUGCAUCGGAGACGGACUCUCCAGAGAGCUGGCCUGCCAGGGUAGCUUCACUGAGUUCUCCGCUAUCCCCUCUGGUGCGUUCAAGGCCGCCUCCUUCUUCAUUGGAAUGUCCAUGAUGCUGGUCGUCACCUGCAUCGGCUGCUUCAGUCUCUUCUUCCUCCUCAGCACUUCCACCGUGUAUAAAAUCUGUGGCUGGAUGCAAGCAGCGUCAGGUGUCUGUCUGGUGCUGGGUUGUAUGAUCUACCCUGAUGGCUGGGACAGUGAUGAAGUGAGGCGGAUGUGUGGAGAGCAGACAGAUAAAUACAGCCUGGGGGCGUGCUCGGUGCGCUGGGCCUACAUCUUGGCGAUCAUGGGCAUCCUGGACGCCCUCAUCCUCUCCUUCCUGGCCUUUGUCCUGGGAAACCGGCAGGACGGACUCAUGACGGAAGAGCUGCUGGCUGAGAGCAAGGAGGGGGGAAACGCCUAAAUAUAGCUACAGGUUCCUGAAUCUCCACAUGCCUGUUUACAUAAAUAUAGUCGGUCACCAUCAUCUUAAAAGAGCGAGGCUGUCCAGGUCUGUGGAGGAGAGGGAUACACUAGAGUCUUUCUUUGGAACCAGCCAGCCUGCCUUUUACAUCUUAGCUGCCAGAAAUCCAAUAUAACCCAACCAUGAAGUCAUCCAAUCUGCUUUUCGUCGUUACAUCGUGUCCAGGCUUCCCCCCUCAGCACUUCGACAGAGACCAAUGCACUUUUAUCCCUUUGUGUGUAAACCCUUGCACAGCAUUGCAUAGACCAUGGCAGGGGCAGAGACUGUUACCUAACUGACAAGUACGGACUACCCACUACCUACCUGAGAAGGAACAGGGUUGAUAUUAUACACCUGCAACAUGAGCACAGACAAAAAACACACACACACACUUAACACGAAUACACACGUGCAACACAUAAGCCAAUACACUAACACUCUCUGUAAUUACAAGUAUUAAAACUAUGUUAACACUUAGCUGUGUGUACCACCAUCAGAGUGUGUGUCAAGUUUUAUUUGUGAAAAGAAGAAAUUGUUCAUUUUCAGAAAAUAUCGGGUUGAUGUAAAACUAUUGUGUUUCAUUUGUAAGGUUUAAAAAUGAAAGUUAGUUUCUUAUUUUGCUCAUAUGCCCCUUUGUUCCUCUUCAUUUACUAGAAAAGAUGUUAAAGACUGUUUUAUAAGAAUAUUAUCAUCUAAAAGAGACAAAAACUUGUAUUACAAAGUAUGUACAGUGAAUAUUUAAGACGUUCUAGGAAUUUUAACUAAAUCCAUUCAAUGCCCUGCUAGCUAACUUUGCACAGCGCUUCAGUUUGAGAAGAAUUAUGAUAUUUUAUAGUCUGUGGUAUCUACACUGUGACGGGGGUAGAAGGACUCGGUGUGUUGCAGGACUUUUAGCUGCUGUGUGAAUGUGCUUCUGUGUGUAUGUAUGUAUGUAUGUGUGUGUGUGUGUGUGUGUGUAUGUGUAUAUGUGAGAUGGGAGGUCUGCAGGUGUGUGUGAGUGACUGUGAGUGCAUGUCGGUGUGUAUGCAUUAAUGCGUCAACACUUUGUUGGGAUAGUGAACCAAUAUGCCAGCCUCACACAAAUUUGUCCCGCUGUGUAGCUAGAUCUGUGUGUCUUUAGUCUUUGUUUCCUGCUCUCUUCUUUCCCCCUUUGUUUAGUUGGGACAUACAGGGUAACAUGACGGCGUUUAGGUUUUAGAAGCUGGUGUGCCUGAGGAAGGAGUGGAGUAGUAAGGCCUGUCCCAGCCUCACCUGUGGAUAUGUUCUUGUGUAAAUACAUAUUCUAUAGAUACCAAACAGUUAGAAAAUAUGGAGGAGAUUAACUUACAGGAGUUAAAGAGGUUCCUUUAAGAAUAUAUGAACACUUAAUAAAGGUUUUCACUGUAAAAUUC